AUGGUCAUAGAUGUUGAAGGAAAGGAACUGAAAGUAACAACACAGUAUGUUCAUGACAUGUUGGAGAUUCCAACUGGUGGAACCAUACUUACACAACAUGAUCAAUUACCUAAAGAUGAUACAUGUUAUGAUGAAUGGAAGGAACUGUUUCAAGAAGGAGCAAUCAUCAGACUGAAUGCAAUCAAAAAAGUUAUUGUUCAUACCACAGAAGUUGAUUUUAAUUUCAAAUUGGACUUCUUAGUUCUUUCUUUGUUCUAUGCUGAUAAAAUCCACUCGGAAGUUCUAACGGUAACACAUAAACGUCUAACAAUUUGUUAUUGGAGUUCAAAGAAGAUUAGAUAUCGAGAGACAUUUGAACAAGAAAUAUGUAGAUUUGGCCUUGGAGAAUUAAAUGAGGAAGUUGAAGGAGAUACAUAUCUGGAAGACAAUGAUUGUGAUAAAGAUGAAGAUGAUUCUGUUGAGGCAUAUGAAUCAAAAUUAAUCAAAAAUGCUUAA